GUUACCUGAGGGUAGUGUGUUAGUGUGCGGCUUUCAAAACAAGUGAAACUAUCUUGUUUAUUCCUGAGAGCAUCUGUUUUAGACGUUUGACGACCUUGUCGCUUUGGGAGCGUUUUUAAACUUAGAAGUGAGCGCACUUCUGAACAUGGGCUACAAUAUUGUUUCAGACUACCGCCAGGAAUAACGAAUCCCAAGUAAAAACUCAGUGUCGGUCCGUUGCAGGUGUGAAAAGCGGUGUUACCGGAUAGAAUGGACCUCUUAAUCCGAUUUUUGACAUGGAUUUCUACAGUACAUAUGAUUUUUGGUUUAGACACCUCUCUCAGUAAUCCCAUGUGUACGCUUACAGCCCCUUCACAGACACCUGUCAUCAGCCAGUGUGAGCUCAUGGAGCACGCCAAUAUCACCUGCCACUGGGAGCCAGGGAAUAAUGCAUUGGAAAUCUUCAAUUAUACUUUAAAUGUCAACAGAACUGUGGAUCAGAAUGGCGCCUUCUUUCAGGCCAUGGGCUCUUGUACUACGAAGGCGACUUCCUGUUCAGUGACCAUCGAUACAGUGCGAGGAUUCUACUGCGUGGAUGUGCUGGCGCACGGACCCAGAGGAAGUAUCAGGUCACCCCGGCGAUGUCUCAAUGGCAUCUUGGAUGUUAAGCUGUAUCCUCUGGAAAAGAUCUGGGCUGAAAAGCUACCAGGGAGGCCCAGAUGUCUGCGUGUGGGGUGGAGUAAACUAACAUCCUCUCAUAUACCUUCUAGUCUAAAAGAGGAGUGGAGACAUGGAGUCCUCCAGUUAGAGUUCAGCACACCUCAACAGCCCCGGCCCCACACUGUGAAUAUACCCAUUCAGGAGGACCCUAAAGAAUUGUGUGGACUUUGGCCAGGUACCACGUAUACAGUGAGGAUUCGUGCCCAAGACAAACGAGCUGACAGACACUGGAGCGCGUGGAGUCCCAGUGUGCAGUCGUCCACAGAUGAAGCAGCUCCUGCUGCAGCUCCUGAGAUGUGGAGACACAUUGAACCUGUGAAUUUAGAAGGAAUGAGACGCAUCACUCUCCUGUGGAAGCGUGUGCCGUGGCCUUUGGCUAAUGCUCAAAUUUUGCAUUAUGAUGCAUCGUGCAGCAGUGAGCUAGACAAAUCGCAAUGGGACUGUGCACCCCUGAAUGGCUCCAGUACUUCCUGUGUCUUCAGUGCCCCCAGCCUGCCUUGCACCUGUACUCUUACUGCAUUCAAUUCUGCAGGGACAUCCCCUUUGGCCCAGUUACACAUCCCAGGCUCUUUAAAAACAGUUCCCUCAUUACCUUUUCCUAUCCGUGUCACUCCACUGGGUGACUUCAGCCUGGAGGUGCAAUGGACAGAUACGAUUGGCCAAUCAAUGAGUGGCUUUGUUGUGGAAUGGUUUUGUCUACUUGACACUUCAGGUGUUGGUCUGCACUGGAAAAGACUAGACAGAUCUGUUAGAAGCUUCGUUAUCACAGAUGGUGUUCAGCCUGAGAUACCAUACAAUGUAUCUGUUCUUGCUGUCUAUGGAACAGUACCUAGGGCCAAAUCCACAGUUACUACGUUCACCAGACAAGGAGCGCCCUCUGUUGGUCCAGCAGUAGUAGUGCUGGAUAUUGGCAGCAGCAGUGUGACUCUCAGAUGGGAUCCCCUGCCAAUUGACAAACAACGCGGUUUCAUCCAUCACUAUUCUCUAGAGUACAACACUGGUGGAAGAAAUAAAUCAUUGAUAUUGGAUGGCUCUGUCCACCAGUUCACAUUAACAGGAUUAUCUGGGCAGUGCAAUAUCCGUGUUAAGGCCUACACAGAGGCAGGAGGCACUGAAGGUCCGUGGAUUACUGUGGCUGUCGGAAGAGGAGAUAUACCAGUCAUAACCAUAUUGUGGUGUGUCAUUAGCACUGCAGUGUUUGUGCUGAUGUCUCUAAUACUGAGGAUUGGGUUGAAACGCUACAUCUGCCCAAAUGUUCCAGACCCCUCCAAAAGCAGUCUGUCCAACUGGUACCCUGGGCAGCUUUGGCAGAAAGGAAAAACCUCCCCAGUGUCGAAGUCUUUUAAAUCACCUUUCUGUGCGGUCAUUCACUUGGGCAAAAUCGACGGUAUGGAUUAUAGCUAUGCUGAAGUUUGGGACUGUGACACAGCUCAGACAAAGGCAGACAGUGAAGAAGUGGAGUCUUCAUCGACUGGUUACGAAGAUGGCUAUAAACAGUACUGGCACUCUCACCAGCAUAGCCAGUUCUGUGAACCUGAACCACAAGGUCUGAUUACUGCAGCUACGACAAAUUAGCAAGCUUCAUUCCACCGGUUUGUGUCAAUGGCAAUGACACUGAUGGGGAGAAAUGGAACACAUAUAAAUCAAUGUAAAUUUGCCUUGUCUGUGCAGUUUUAAAUAGCAGAAUCAUGAAACUGAAUAACCAUUGACACUUCAGGGACAUGCAUGAGAACACUUCAUUCCUUCCAUUUUAAUAGUCCGUCUCAUAAAAUUAAUGGUAUUAACUUAAUCUGUAACUCAAUACCAUCUGUACCCAAAUUUGAAUGGGUAGUUGAGAUGGGUAUUUAGUCUUCCAUGGCUUACCAAAGGAUGUGACUUUGGUCAGAAUCUGAUACAGAUCAUACUUUGAAUAUGUUUUGUAAGUGAUCUUUAUUUUGGCCCUUUUACCUCAGAUCUGUCUACUCUUCAACAGAUGUUUUCAUUUGUGUGAGUACUUUAUUUUCAGAUAUUUGUCAUACAUUUGCGAGAACAACGUGAACAGUUCAAGGUUUUCCACCUCGUGACUAUUACACGAUCUCACAGACUGUAAAGACUUUGUUAUAAAAUCUUUUGUUUUUUGGGGGGGAGUAAUCUACUGGAAGUCAAAAGCAGUGACAUUGUUCAGAAGUAAGCAGCGAGGAGACGGCUCUGAAUGUAAAGGCUCCAGCUGAUAAAGCUGUUGCGGGAAGAGGAAAGGGAAAGGGCCCAGAGCCCUGAGUGGAGUCAGUAGCGUGGCCUUUAUGGGAGCACUGUGGCUGAAGGCCAGGGUUCACUUCCACUGGGUCAUCUUUCCUGUGGUUGGAAUUCCUGACAAAUCCCCUCUUUGUUUUGACAGACACAGUCCACUAUGUGUCAUAUCCACCCUGCAGCAAACUGCUGAUACCCAGGCCUCUGCGCACAGAUAGGCCAAGUGCCAAGCCUGUUCCAACAACAGCGGCUGCAGACGAAAGACAGUUGAUGUCCGCUGUCACUGAUGAUUACCUUGUCUGUGCUGCCAGUUCCUGGAAUUUGCCAGCGUGUAAUUACACAGAUACAAAGGGGAAUGUUGAAACAACACCCUCUUGUGGCCUUAAAGGGAACAGAUUUUUUUGGCCGAGGAAAGAAAUGUUGAGAAGCCGUCAGUCAUCUUCCAAAAAAUAAAUAAAUAAAUAAAGUCUCAAGGCAGAGUUGCAUAAGUGGAGUCCUGGAGAGCCAGAGUCCUGGGUUUUUCGACUAUGCCAUAUAAUCAGAGGCUGACAUCGAACUG